UCAAAGUAUCUAUACCGGUGUGACAUGGUGGAAGAUACGUUGAAUAUAACCUCAAAUAAUUGUAGCAAUAUGGACUUCAAUUAUUGUGACAGUGAUUCUAGUUUAAAUCUUACAGAAGUGCCGUUAACUUAAGAGUCUGAAACACAACCGACAGUAGCAAACAGUUUAUUUGCAAUAACUCAAAAUAUAACUCUAGUUAUUUGAACAUUUCAAAUAGCUGAGCAGUUAAACGAGACGUUCUUAUUGCUUUAUUUAGACUUUUAAAUAUCGAAAGUUUAAAAAUGGCACCGAUCUUUGGCUACGCAAACUAUGAUUUUGUUUCUACUGAAGCGUAUUCCAAGGAGAAUGAACCUGAUUUAACUCAGGAGGUUUCGUUGCGACACAUGGCUUUUUAUUACACCGCAUUUCUACUGUGUUUAUGUUUGGUCUGGAUCAUCGUAUUCUUUCUUCUGAGGAUCAUUGGGUUACGGCAGAAAACGCGAGAUCAGCAGCAGAGGCGGAUGUAUGUCGGGUCAAUGGCAAGGAACCCUUCACUAGGAGCUCAGACCCCGACUAUAUAUGUCAGUCCAGCCAACUUGCCACCGCCACCUAAGUAUGAAGCGAUGGCACCUCCAAGCUACGAAGAAGUGGUGGGCAUCCACUACCCCAACUACCAACCAACGGUGCAAGGCAUCGCGGCACAGCCUAUCAUCCAGCCAAUCACGACAGCCGUAGCUCAGAGUGCCAACGCCUCAUCGACCAAUAACGUUGCAGCGUCAUCCACGACCGCCAAUGAGAGUGAACCGACAACCGUUGUCACUGUCACCACCGAUGCCAGUCGGACAUCUGUAACUGUUGCUAGUGCAUAACUUAUUAAAUAACUGUUGAACAUAACUGUUAUAGUAAAUGUAAAUAUUGCUUUAGUGUCACUUUAUUGUGAUAUUUAUACAGAUACCUUUUAUGCAUUUAUGAAGACUUAAAUGACGAUGUGGACGACAACUUUUAAUACCUAUGAAAACUGUUAGUAAAAGAUACUCCAUUUAUCGAUAUCUGGCAGUUGGUCUUACACGAAAUUCACAUCAUAAUGAGGCAAUCAAUUCAGCCAAUAGAAGAGUUACAGUGGCUAUAUACUGAAACAAAUUGCAUAGAACCAGAAGUUAUAAAUACAGU